AUGAGAUCGAGAGACUUCGUCAAGAUCACCAUCAUUAUCAUAACAACACUUUUAGUCAUGACAAGUGUCUGCUCCAAACUCUCUAACGACACCCAGCUUCUGACAAAGUGGCCACGUGAAGAAUCUCAUAAAUUGAACAAAUACGUACGUAAGAUUGGUGUCUUCCUUGAUACUGUUGAGAUCAACACAGGUGUUGAUAUUCUUUCGAAGAACAUCACUCAAUCCUUCCUCAAAGCGUUCUCCAAGCUUGAUGAACUUAAAUUUGAGUUCGUGAACGAGGUUGGGCCUUCAUUCAUGAAAGGGGGAGAAGAACCUCAUAAAGAACCUCGUGCAUCUCCUAAGGAUGUUGAUGAGAAAAAGAUACCCGAAGGAGCUGUUAUUCACUUCUUAUAUGAUGAUGUGAAUACUUCUAAGAAGCUUCCCACUCCAUCAUCUUCUCCUAAAGAUCUCAGUCCUCCGAAGUAUCCUCCAAGAUCCUCUCCAAGAAAAAACACCAUCUCCAAAAUCACAUCCUAA